ACAUGGACAGCUAGCACGCACUCGCAACUGACGGUGGAGAUGGGCGGGCCGUGUACCCAAGGGGUUCCUGUUUCCCUUUAAAAACCCCACCCGACCAAAACCCUAAGUCUUCCUCUCUCUCUCGCUCGCCAUCGCCUCUUCUCUGUCUUCCCCGAACCCUUCCAAAACCCCCUCUCCUCCUCUACUUUCGUAUCGAUCGACAUGGAGUUCUGGGGUGUGGAAGUUAAGCCUGGUGAGACUGUUAAGUGUGACCCUGGAGAGGACAAAUAUUUACAUCUUUCACAGGCAUCGCUCGGGGAAGUAAAGAAGGACAAGGGAAAUGAGAAUGUACCCAUCUUUGUGAAAUUCAAUGAUCAAAAAUUAGUCCUUGGAACUCUUUCUGCUGAGAAAUGUGCUCAAAUUUCAUAUGAUUUAGUAUUUGAGAAGGAAUUUGAAUUAUGUCACAGCUCCAAGAAUACGAGUGUCUAUUUCUGUGGCUAUAAGACUGUUGUUGCAGAUGAUGAUGAAACUGAUGACUUUCCAGAUAGCGACUUUGAUUCUGAUGAGGAUAUUCAACUAGGACAGAAGGUUAAUGGCAAAACUGAGGUUAAAGAUGAGCGCACAAAGCCUUCAACUGGAAAGGUCAGUGUUAAGGUAGAUGCUUCAGCUGCUAAGCCCAAGGUUAAGAUAGAGGAAGCAAAUAAGGCUGAUAAACAGAAGGCAGAUAAGGAUGAUGAAGUUGAUGAUGAUGAUGAGUCUGAAGAAGAUGAGUCUGAGGAUGUAUCUGAUGAUGAUGAGGACAUGGCUGAGGCAGAGGAUGAAAGUGAUGAUGUAGAUGAGGAUGCAAGCUCUGAUGAGGAAGAUGAAGCUACUCCACAGAAGGUUGAAAGUGGCAAGAAGAGACCGGCAGGGUCUGCUUCAAAGACACCUGCUCCGGAGAAGAAGGCAAAGUUAGUUUCCCCAGUUGGAAGUCAGAAAACAGGUGGUGAUGGCAAGAAAGGUGGUGGCCAUACUGCGACCCCUCACCCUGCCAAAUAUGCUGGGAAGACACCUGCAACCAGUGACAAGUCUAAGCAGCAAACCCCCAAAUCUGCCGGCUCAGUUAGCUGCAAGUCAUGCAGCAAAACUUUUAACAGUGAGAAUGCUCUUCAAGCUCAUACAAAAGCCAAACAUGCAGCUGCAAAGUGAGCUGUGCAAAGAGAUCAUGGAAAAAGGUAUUUUAGGGAGGAGAUGGCAGGAGAUGCUAAACAUGACUGGUACUUUGAUGUGCCUGUGGAAGGGGUUAGGUACUUGGGUGUCACCUUGUGGUAUUUUAGGUUUUGCAAUUUUCUGCAUUUUAGUUUUAUAAUAGGAGCUAGUCUCCCCGUGCAGUACUUUUAACUAGACCUUAAUUGAUUAUAAUGCUUUUGGGAGGAUCAGAUUUCUUUUGAGUUUAGUAUGUAUGAAUGCGAUGAUUGUUCUGUGAUUGGAUAAUGGAUGUUUGGUAUCUUUUCAAGUA